UAAGUACAUUACCCUGCAGUAAUCCGAGCCAUUGGACCUCUUAAACACUUUUCAUCAUUGCGAUUUGAGGGAAAACAUGCAUUCUUCAAGCAAGUUGCCCAAGUUACCUGCAACUUUAAAAAUAUUUGUAAAACCAUGGCCAGACGCCAUCAGAUGACGUUGUCUGAUGCCCUCAUGAGGAAGGAGCUUUUCGAGUUCAAGCCAUUGGAAAGUGGGAAGGGUUUGCUCCAGCCCCUGGAUCACUUUGAGCCCCAUCACAGUCUAAUAGCAGAGGCAAUUGGCUGUCCUGUUGACUCUGAAGUCUUUUCUGCUAAAUUCGCUAGGUACCACGGCAUAGAGUACAGAGCCAACGAGAUGGUUUCUGUGGACUGUGAUAAGGAAUCAGGAAAUCCUCUCUAUGGAAAAAUAGAGCAGGAUGCAUCUCCACCAACCGAUAUGACUGGCACCAGCGAUGACACAGAAAAUGAUAACAUACACGUCCCAAUAGAAUCUAGCUCAACUUCAGUUCCCAGUGGCAGUAAAAUAUGUGCACAUCCAGUAUCAACUAAGUUUCAUGAUUUUAAGACUUUCCUAUGUAGCCAGAAUGGUGGUAGAUCUUUGUUAGCGGAUGUACAGAAGCUUGGGUUCGCCCCAACAGUGUUGAGGAAAAGACUUGUGAAAAUAGCAACUGGUUUUUUAUUUGAAAAAUGCGGAAAAUUUCCCAAAACAGAGGACAAGGAGGAACUUGCCAUUGCGAUUAUCACAGUCAUACCGUGUCUGAGGAAUCUGAAGGGACAGGGCUUUGAAGCAUUUUACCAAAGGGCUCGAGGUGGUCGACCUGCAAAGGGCUUUAUCAAUGACCGUAUAUACAAUGUUCACAAAGAGGAGGCAAAACUGAAGAUGGUUAAGAAAAGGGUCCAAUUACCUGAAACAGUCCCUGCUGAAGAGGUGUUGUCUGUUGCAGAAUGCCAGAUUCUACCCGAAAAAGAGUAUAAGGAAAUGACAGCAUGGCUGAAACACAACAUUGAACCGGCAUCCAAAGUUUCGGACCUGAUGGCUAAAACCGCAACAAAUCGUCACCGUGAGAUCUGUGAGAACAAAGAGUUGAAAGCGAAGGAUAUUUUGGCAUCAUUUCCAAGGCUUUUGGAGAGAGGAAUGAUUGAGCAGGAUUUUAAUGUUUUGUUCCAAACUGGCGACCAACUGGUUAAGAAGUGGGAUGGCAACUUUGUCAAGAAAGUACUUCAGUACGUCACAUGUGUCAAACCAGAUUGGCGAAAUAUUGUGCCUGUAAAAACAGUCUUAAAUGAAGGUACAUGUGUAUUACAUUUAACAUUCUUGGCCUUACGAGACUGAGCAUCUGUCCACGUUUUCUUCGACAGUAACAGUCCAUGCUGAAUUCGAAGUCAGACUAGUAAGCAGCUGACUGUAAAGGCAUGCAGGCUAAACCUGUACAAAAAUGAAUGUUUUUUUUGUGAUAUCAAAAGAAGAAUGACUACCAAAGUUAAACUAUGGAAAUUAUAUUUUUUCACUCAAUAUCCUCUUAUUUUCUAUCAUCCUGUGUCUGUCAAAGGCCAUAGUUUGAAACUUGCCUGAAGUCGAUGAAGAUGAAACCGUACUCAGACUAAACAAUUUACCCUCUGAAUUUAUGAGUUAUGUCGGCCCUUUGAUUGUCAGGAAACACAUUAACUCGGUCGUAAAUCAGCUUCGUAAGAGAUUUUUUUGGUGACCGAAUUGGACAGGAUUUUUUUCAUGGCAAUUAUGAUGAGAUCUCUGCCAGUGCUAUCACUUUCAUUUCUCCAAUUCGUAGAUAAAUCAUUUUGUAAACACUACAGAAGUUUUUCGAAUAUCACAACCGUGCCCAUUCGUGGCCUCAUGACGGUAAAAGGCGGUACCUCUAACUUCUUGGGCAUUUCUAGCCUAUUUGCCUUUUGAGGAUGCGCCAGCUCCUGAUGUAUUCAAGCAAUUGACAGUUAUAUCGGUCCUUCUAUAUAUUGAAAGACUCUUUAUUUUGCGUGUAGUUGGAAAAGCUAAUGCUGGUAUUCCAUAACUCUUGUAUAUUCCCACACAGAGUAUAAUUGUUCGCCUCGCUGUCUUUGUGCAGGGGUGCUGAUAGUCCAGCAGGUGGUGAAGCUUUACCGGUUGCUGUGACAGUGUUGAUGUGAACC